CGUCCAUAAAAACAGAAAGCUGAAGCUUUUUUGGCUGCUGUUGAGUCACUAGAAUGUCCGCUUAUAUGUAGUGGAAUUGAUUAUUUCUGUUUUUUUCUCUCUCUCUGAAAAAAGGACGAUAUUGCAAGUGGUAAAAUUUGUAAGCAUCGCUUAGCAUCUAUCUGAAAACAAAAAAAAAAUGUCCUGCAAACGAGAGUAUCUUCGGCCCAGACUAUGUGUGCUGGAAAAGGGUUCAAACGGAUACGGGUUCCAUCUUCAUGGAGAGAAGGGACAGAUCGGACAGUUCGUCCGGCUGGUGGAGCCUGACUCCCCGUCUGAAAAGUCGGGUCUACGUGCGGGGGACAGGUUGGUCUUCGUCAAUGGGGAAAGUGUGGAGAACGAGAGUCACCAACAGGUUGUGUCACGGAUACGAACCACCACCGGCAAACUGGAGCUCAUCGUUGUUGAUGUGGACACCGAUGAGUACCUGAAAAAAUACAACAUGAGGUGUCUCAGAGAAUAUGUCACUCAAGGCAUCCCACUACCCAACAGCGACCCACACCACGGGAGCUCCAGCAAGAACGGCAUAGCGAAAGAACCGGCACUCUCCAUAGAGAAAAACGGAGACGUCCACGUUGGGACGAAGCAGGGUCUUGGGUGUGAUCGGGGCUGUAAGCGUGAGCUGCGUCCUCGUCUGUGUGUUAUGACAAAGGGAGCUGAUGGUUACGGCUUUAACCUGCACAGUGUGAGGUCCAAACCCGGCCAGUACAUCCGAGUGGUGGACGAGGAUUCCCCUGCCCAGAGGUCUGGGCUUCUGCCAAAGGACAAGAUCGUGCAGGUGAACGGAGCUCCUGUGGAAGGGAAGCAGCACUCGGAGGUGGUGUCGGCCAUCAGGGAGGGGGGCAACACAACGUCCCUGUUGGUGGUGGACCCUGACACUGACGCCUUCUUCCAGAGGUGUAGAGUCCAGCCCACGGAGGUACACCUCACAGGACCACUGCCUAGGAAUGGGGAUCUGGAGGAGGAGGUCAACGGCAGAGUGUCCAAAGAGAAUACAAAGGAGACCAAGCUGUCUGUCAGUCAGUCUCCAUCCAGCGGGUCCCUCACCACCCCGCCCACCUGCACUCCACCACGAGAGGUGACAGAGGAUCUCUCUCUGGGCUUCAACCUGUCCCUCCAGCAGGUGAAGGAGCGCGUCCACCUGAAGCGAUCCAACAAGAGGGCCCCCCACAUGGACUGGAGCAAAAAGAACGAGCUUUUCAGCAACCUAUAAACCACUCCCAUUUUAUAAACCAGUCCCCUUCUAUAAACCACUCCCCUUUUAGACCCUUCAGCAGCCUAUAAACCACUCCCCUUUUAGACCCUUCAGCAGCCUGUAAACCACUCCCCUUUUAGACCCUUCAGCAGCCUAUAAACCACUCCCCUUUUAGACCCUUCAGCAGCCUGUAAAUCAUUCCCCUUUUAGAACUUUCAGCAACCUAUGAACUGUUCCCUUUUUAGAACUUUAAGAAGCCAC